GUCCUCUUGAUGAAGCAAGCAGUUGGUGAUCUGGAUAACUCACUCAGCGAUAUCAAUCCUCGGCCUCUUUCUCCGUAUCCCGAUCUCCAAAAUACCUUACCCCCCACUCACACACACACACAUGAACCAUUUUUUCUCUACCCCAACCCAAGCAGAGUUACCUGCAUGCCAAUCAUUGCAUCCAAUACAGAAUCAGUCAAAGUUUUUGGCUUUGGCCUUGUGUAUCUGUACGUACAUACACUCGAUACUGUACGUGCAUAUCGCUUCAGCACUCGGACGAGAAAGCGAGAGCGUGUGAGAAUGAGAGUAUGCGCACGCCCCUCCCCCUGGCCCAUUCACAUCCACAUCCAUAUCCUGACCCUUGUCCAUGUUCCCCACGUCGAGUUGUGGUCUGUUGAUCCACCUUGAAGCUUUGCCAAAGAAAGAGUGGAGGGUUCCUUAGUUCGGUUUGGCUCUGGUGGGCUGGGGAUAGACUGGUGAAGGGACCGAAUUGAUCGACUGCACUGAGUAAGUAAUAGUGUAGCAGCUUCAUAACUUGUACGGACACAAAAGACAAGCUGCGCGCUUUUUUCUCCCUCUCCUGCUCGUCUCCUUACUUCAGCUUUCCUCUCUCCUUUAGCUUUUACUUAAACAUCUUCUUUCCCUUAUUUAUAUAACCUUAAAAGGGAAAAACGAAAACUGGCUGAUCGUGCUGCUCUUUUGCUUCACUCUCACUGUUAUAAUCACCCGGCUACUACUUUUGAUGCCGCCCCCUCCUCGUCUUCAUAUCCUCCUACGACCAAGUCGACGUCCCAUGUGGUUUCUCUAGUAUCCCAUUCAACAAUUGUGGGAGAUUAUAUAACGGACAACAACGUGUUGGGAGACAAUAGACAAUAGUCAAUGUUCAAUUGAAGACCGAAAAACGGUCACCGAACUCCGUUUGAACCGCAUCGACAUUCGACAAGCAUUCUAGGCUUACACGCGGGCACGAGAUCUUGAUCAACUCAAAGGCCCCGGCAUAAUCGACCGUUACAAUCUAUCAGCUGUCAACUUUUGAGAAAAAAGACACCAUACACUUGAACGCAACACCUUUUUGCCUGAUCACGGUAUUCUACAGCUACCUCGUGGCUACUUCUCUGGGUCAAAGUCUUCUGCCAAGAUCGCAAAUCUUGGAUACCUACCAUAUCGCCGCAACGAUUCGGUAGUACCGUCGAGUGUUUCUCGCAUUUUGCCGACGAACCAACCACAAACGCCAUUCGCCCAGCGACAGAAGCACAACACAGCACUCUAGUCGCUGAACCGUCCCCAUCACUCAACUAACCCCAAUCCUUGGAUGCUGGGUGUGUGGCUCUGACUUACAGCUCUUGGUCCCUCGCUUCUGUUAGUGACCAGCUGCCCUCCCCCAAUCGACAGCACCUGCUCUGUACUUUAGGCGCCGCCUCUACACCGAAGCUCUGUACCCCUCUAUUCGACACCGUCGCCAUUCACUGCAAGCCCCGUCCGAGAUAAAACAGCAGAAGCGCCCUCAAGGCUCAAUUUCGCUAUUUCUCAGCCCCCGACUUCAAAAAAGAUGGGCGUUAUGGCGGCACUUUCGGCCCCAAGGGCCAUGGUAGCACCCCACCAGCACCAACCACAGGGGCCCUCCACCCUCGUCACAGGUAUGGACAUACAAUUCUCUUACUGUUGUUUGUCUCUGUAAUCAACUCCAUGUUUCCCGUCUUCUCCUUGAUUUGCCUCUUUCCAUCCUCACCCAAACCCAUCUGGGCAAGCAUUGCCCGUCCAUUCGCCCGUUUCAAGUCAAGCCUAUUCCUGUUUCUAUUUCCCCCUCGUGUUCAUUCAUGUCUUGGUCUGCUUUUUGAUGAGCAGUAGUUCAUUUCAUUUCACUUCACUUGACUUGGUUGUUUCUCCGCUUUUGUCUUCUCACAUUCAUUUCGUCAUUCCCACGUCCACCGGAAGCGAGAAGUCUCUCCAUCUCCGUGGACCCUGCGCCGCGGACCAAGCUGCAAGUUGAGUAGUGAUGCGAUAAACGUGGGACCUGCAACUGAAGCUAGACUUGGCUGAAUCAAAUCGGCUUUGAGCGACGGCUUUUGCAAAGGCAAAAUAAAAAAGAACAAAGUAAACAGCGGCAAUGGGAUGGACGCAACCAGAAGGUUGGGUUUGUUCGGACAUUCGCCAUUUGGUUAUUUCCAUCCAUCACCAUUUCCCCAUUAUAAUUCCGUCAAUGUUACUGUCGCUGUCACUUGUCACCGUCACUUCCCCCUUCGCUGUGCCUUGUUGGGCUGAGCCUAGACUUUACAAAUUCAUGACAUUUGCUGAGCCUUGGCACACUUUGGGGGUCUCGGUCCAGUUUUGCUGCAUGAUCACUCGUUCUCGCUCCCUCUUACUCACAACUCACGUUCCAUUCUAUUUCUGCCUCAUGCACACCUCAGUUUAAUCCCUAGUUCCCCUAGCCUUGUCCCAUGUCAACCCGAACCCUGCAACUGCAACUUCUCCAACAUCAACAUCGAGUCAUCCCUGCCUGCUGACGUCUUUUUGCUUGCUCCCGCCACAGAUAAAAGUACCUCAUCCUCUACCUUUCGCCCAAACCAGUUCCAGUCCCUAUCGUCGCCUCGCGAAUAUAGUACCGACCUUACUGAAUCAAUUGUCCUAGAAGAAGGUGGUGAAUCUGGAAGCGAAUCCGCCGUUGAGCCCGUUACACCUGUUAGUGGUCGCCAGUCCCAGGACUUUACCCUCCAGAGCCAGGACCUGCAGGACCUACAAAAUCUGCAGUCUUACCGGACGGCUUCAGCCACAUCUUCAGGAGUUGUACCUAUCUCGAUCCCCAACUCGGCCAACCCCAACAAAGGAUCAUAUAUAUCACAAUCCGUAAAUAACAGCCGCCCUCCUACUACCUACGAACCAAGUACUCCAAGAGCAACAGAACCAGAGCCGGGCAGUUCUCUCACCCGUCAGUCAACCCGAGGUUCCAUCUCCACCUCAAGUUUCAAGCGCACCAUGUCGAGCUUCUUCCGCCGAUCAAAUUCCCACGUUAAGAACGAUUAUAUACCUGCGGAAUCUGCAACACCCUCCGUCGUGUCCGCACCAACGGAACCUCAAACAAAUGGCCAACCACGUGCUGCAGCUCGCCGUCGUUUCUCCAUGAACCGCUCGUCUGCGACUACUCGUUCCAACUCACCCCCUUCGCCUAGCGACAAUGGAUUAGAAAUGGCUCCCCCACACCGUGAACGUGCCUCUGACAAGUCUCUUCCCAGUCAAGGAGACUUCAAGAAGAACCGCGCAUCGACUGGUCUGACUCUGCGUGGCCGAGCUAUUAACUUCGUUGGCGCUCAUAACCCCAGCCGAGGGACCGGACACAAGCGCCCUGAGUACAACCGCAGAGCUAGCAGCUAUGACGGUAGCCGACCCAGCACCCCUCUUCCACCUCCUGCGGAAGGUGACGAGACUAUGUAUCCACCCGAACGAAGUGUCUGGCCUCUUCCUCCUGACUCCGGCACUGGUGCCAAGGCUCGACGCAUGAGUUUGAGCCUUCCUGAUGACUUCGCCGUGGACGUAGCUGAGCUACAGAACGAAUUCGAAUACCAGCGCAAAUUCCUCGGCCGUCAUGGCAAGCAUCUUGGCAAGGGAGCGGCUUCGAAGGUUACCCUCAUGAUGCGAAAAGGUUACCCAGAAGAGCUUUACGCCGUCAAGGAGUUCCGUGGCAAAUCGCACCGGGAAAGCCAGCAGGACUACGAGAACAAGAUCAAGUCAGAGUUCAGCAUUGCAAAGAGCUUACAUCAUCCCAACAUUGUCGAGACUUUCCGCCUAUGUACCGAUCACGGGCGAUGGAACCAUGUCAUGGAAUAUUGCUCGGAAGGUGAUCUUUUCAGCUUAGUCUCCAAGGGUCAUCUCAAGGGUGAUGACCGGAAGAAGGACCGCAUGUGUCUCUUCAAGCAGCUUAUUCAAGGUGUUCAUUACUUGCAUGCCAAUGGCAUUGCCCAUCGUGAUAUCAAGCUUGAGAACCUUCUGAUCACCAAGGACAGUAAGCUCAAGAUUACCGAUUUUGGUGUAUCGGAAGUUUUUUGUGGUACUCACCCGGGUCUUCGUGAAGCUGGUGGACAAUGCGGCCGUAAUAUGAGCGGCGAGAUCCGCCUUUGCUCACCUGGCAUCUGUGGAAGUGAGCCCUACAUCGCUCCUGAGGUCCUUGCCAAGAAGGAAAACUACGACCCCCGAUCACUCGAUGUGUGGAGUUCUGCGAUCGUCAUGAUUUAUCUCACCUUUGGCGGCGCCAUCUGGUCCCGCGCUGUCCCAGGAGAGCUCCAUUAUGAUAAGCUCGUCAAGGGCUGGGAAACAUGGUAUGGAAAGCACCCAGAGGCCGACGCCACUAUCUCUGAUACGGAUUACCCCAAAUGCUACGCCCUCGACGUGGGCAUGUCCCCACCUGCUCUCCGCCGUCUUGUGCUACAGAUGUUGAACCCUGAUCCGCAAAAGCGUAUCAGCAUUGAGGACGUCAUCCACAACCGCUGGCUGAAGAAUGUCGAGUGCUGCCAGCUGGAAUCCUACGAUGACCCCGCUCUUCUCAUUGAUGCGACCAAGAAGGACAACACAGCCAACGGCAACAAAAAGAUCUUUUGCCACAACCAUCUACCCCCGAAGGGCACUGGCUCCCACUCGCUGGGCAAGAUGCCAGGCCAGCCGGGCUACUAGACGACUUAAUGACUGAUGGAAUGACAUUUGAAAUGUCCUACAAACACUAAACAACCAUUUCUUUGAUAAUAAGAGCAACAUUGGAUUUGUGCGCCUAUAACCUUUGCAUUCACCUAUAUUGGCGUUGGGGUCAAGCCGGCCAUGGAUGAUGGUCCUGGCCUGCAUGGUUUGGAGUUGGUGAAUUUCUGUCGUUUGUUUUCUUUUACACUCCAACCUGUACAUAGUAUACACCCUUUUCCCUGUCUUCGUCGGACGACGACGCACUACAGCCGACGAGGAUGGGGGAUGUCUUACAAGCAAAGUAGACUUAAUACCCCCUUGAAGAAACAGUCUCUUGCUCUUUUGGAAUCUGGUGGAUAAUGGAUAUUUAACAUGCCAUUGGUCUACAGAUGGAAAGAAAAGUCGGGUAGUAGGAUGAGCAUGAGGGUUUAUCAAUUCACCCGUUUUAUUCUUUUUUAUGAGUUCUUGGAUUCAAAGAUGCGCGCGACCGACCCCCUUGAAGAUUGUUUAUUCUUACAAGCAUAACUUACACAUAUAUACGCACGUAUGUAUACAUGGGCUUGCUGCUCUGGCGCUCUGAUGCCAUUGCUACCAGUCUUUUCUGCGAACUAGCGCAAUAGACUUGCGUUCUUUGUUCAUUCAAUCAUUUUUUAUUCCAGCCUCGGUUCGUUCUGAGUAUCCGUAAAAGAAGGGCCGUCUUCGGGGCCAUUUGGUGAUGUGGCCGCGAUACUUGACGUCUUUAUCAGGUGCUUUGACCUUUCUGAGAUAGCGGUUAUCAAUCGCCUGACGAUUGAGUAAGAGCAUUAUCUAGAUUUACAAGGAUUGAAGCGAGAUCUGUUUUACUAGAAGGAUGAUGGAAGCAUUCCACUUGUUGUCAUGGUAGCACGUUAUAUCACAUGUCGUUACUGCAAGACUGAUGUUUGUUUCUCUGAAUAUCUAUUUACCCAGCAAUCUGGGACAGAUGAGUACAGUACACACUCCUCUGUGGCGUGUACGGAUGCGCCGAUGCUGCAGGCUGGGAAGUUUUCGGUGUUACAUAUCCAGAAGCGAUGAAAAGCAUCCCAGGCGAUAUGCACGCAGGCAGGCAUGUCUCACCACGGCGAUGUUUAUACUGUAUUAGCCAUAACGAAAGCGAAGUCGGAAUGAGCGAUGUAUUGGCUUGGAUAUUGAUGCUGGAGCGGUCUCACCGCUGAUCAAUAGUAGUAGUGAAAGUGGAAAUGUCACAGGAUCUCAUUGGACUUGUACACAAAAGUGAGGCUUUGCGAUGACGCUGAGCACUGGAUAGAAUUUGUGGCGCAUUUACGACAUGUGCAUGUGAAUCGGAAUGUGAAUCUGAAUGAGAGGAAGGGCGUGACGCUGAUACACCCUCACGAUAUCCCUUACCGGUCGUCGUGGGUUUCCACUGAGUUUCACUGGUGUUGGGCGUCUGUUCCGGGUACCUGGCUAACGCUGAAGCCGUCAUCAACGCAAAGCUUCUGGACAAAGUUGAGACAUGGUGACAGCCUCCCACGUGGUAAAGAAAAUCUGACGGAACAGGGAGAGUCUCACGACCAGUAAGUGAGUGUUUGGCUUCAGAUCACAUUGCUACAUGCAUGGCCCGCGUGACCGGUAAUGCUUAACACUUACUCCGGGCCACAACUAAUGCAGCAUCGCGGAAAUAACGUGCCGAGCGAAACAUGGCAAGAACUGAGGCUGAUGAAGCGCGACUACCGCCCUCGCUGCACGAGAGAGAACUGGCACACCGAAAGAAGCCUCCUCGGAUAUCAGUGCCGAGAAGUAGAAGUAGGAGAGUUGAUUCGUGCCCGCAUUGGAAAUUUCGUGGGGGUGGAGGUGUUUUUCCAUCUUUCUUUUUUUUUGUUUGUUUGUGUUACCCACGGACAAGUUGUGAUUGUUGGGAUAUUGGAGAAUUGCAAAUGUCUUUCUUCCCCAGAUGUAACACGAGAAUUCUGGUACACAAGAGGCUGGCUGAGGGAUGAAUGGAGGGAGUGAGAAUAGAUCAGAGUUUUGUGAAGGAGUCAAGGAUCAUAGGUAGGCUGCUUAUGUAGACUUGGUGGACGGUUACUUUGGAAAGUCUGAGCUUGAUGGCGGGGAAGCAGAAUACCUAGGUAAACUUGCCGUGCCGUCAAUCGUAGGAAUGCGUAAAUGAUAGUGCUCACCUUCUGUGUAAGCUUAAAAUGGAAUGAUACCUGAUAUACUUUUAAUAUCAACUUUCCUUGUUCAUGAG